AGAGAAGCCUGAAGAAAGAAAGCAAUGGUUAUUUAUCCCAAUAUACCACUAGAACAACAAAAUUGAGUGAUAAUGUCUGGAAGUAGCUGUGUGAUAUGCAACGAACCUUUGGAGAAUGGACAAGUUCUGAUAACAAUAAGAGAAAAAGGUGCCAAAACAAUCAAUGAAGUAAGCAAACAUAGACAACAAAACGUAUGUGUCGUAGCCGGCCAAAUACUACACCAAGAAUGUCGAAAAAAAAUAUACAAAUGCUAAAGAGAUUCAGAAAAUUGGUAAAGAGAAUGCUGAUCAUGACAGAUUUAAUCGAGACACGCAAUCAUCACAGUAUUUUAAUUUUAGAGAGCAUUGUUUAUUUUGUGGACAGUCAGCUCAAAUGUCAGAUAGAAAAUAUGGAAUAGAAGUAUAUCCAGUUAGAACUUUUGAAUUCCAACAGAAAACUGAGGCGAUAUGCAAAGACCGAAAGGAUUCAUGGGCUGCUGACGUUUUUGCAAAACUUGAAUAUGCACAAGACUUACCUGCAGCAGAUGCUAUUUACCAUCAGAAAUGAAGCGUUAACUUCAGGACAGGGAAAAAUAUACCUAUUGGAACACCAGAUCAAAAACGAAAAAAGCAAGGUAGACCAGAUCACACUGAGGCAAAUACAGCUUUUCUGAAGACCAUGGAUUAUUUGGAAGACAACGAAGAGGACCAAUUGACAGUGAAAGACCCCGUUCAUCAAAUGACACAGUUUUGUGGAGAUCUGGCAUACACAACAGUACACAUGAAAUCAAAGAUCAAAACACAUUUUGGUGAUGAAGCUUUUAUUACCGACGUCUGUGGAAAACCAAAUGUGGUCACUCUUCGUAAAACUGCAAGAAUUUCAUCAAAAUCAAAAACUUCAGAUCCUGAAACAGAAAAAGAGAUAUUAUCAAAACAGCAGCUAAACUUAUCAAAUCUGAUAUCAAAUCAAUGGAAUUUUCAAGGUCGGUGUAUUCAUCACCAGCUACAAUAGCAUCUUGUGAGGAAAACAUCGCAUACUUACCUGACAGUCUUAAACAGUUACUUGGUGGAAUAUUUUCUGAAAAAGAUUGCGAUCUUAAAGUGGCAGCCAUUGGCCAGUCUAUCAUGCAAGCAACAAGAUCAAGAUCUCUGAUUGCCCCUUUACAGCUAGGUCUAGGAGUUCAAAUGCAUCACCAUUUUGGGUCCAAAUUUUUCCUCGAUACCUUAUACCAACUUGGCUUUUCGUCAUCUUAUAAGGAAGUUCUAAAACACAGCGUGAAUUCUGCUCUCCAGGGUAAUGAUUCUCCUCAAGAACUUGAAGGGCGAUGUAUUCUACAUGUGGCAGAUAAUGUCGACCAUAAUAUCAGAACACUUGACGGUCAUGGGACAUUCCAUGGAAUGGGGAUAAUAGCAGGCAUCACACCUGGUUAUAACCACAAAACUAUUGUGCAGAGAUUGAAUGUUUCGCUUGACGAUAUUAAACAAAUAGGGAAAAUCGAUCUUCAUCAGUACAACUUUGACCGAACAUCAAAACUUAGUUUAAAAUUCGAAUCACUUGCAGCACAACAUUCGGAUUUGUUACCUGAUAACCUCAGUCUUCUCUGUAGUACUCUUUGGCCAAAGAAAAUGAUUGGGUGGUCGGCAAUGUGUAAUUUAGUGCAAGAUGGAGCAUACCCUGGUAAAUCGACAAUUGUAUUUUUGCCUAUGAUAGACCUUGAGCCGGGAAACCUUUCAUGUAUCUUUUUGACCAUGAAGUUCGUAUGUAAUGAAGCGUUUAAGUACAGAGCUAAUCCAAUGCUUACAUUUGAUCAACCGCUUUACUGGAAAGCACUCACAAUUAUUGAUAAUGAACCAAAGGAAAGCGAUUUGAAAUCAAUAGUUCUCAGAUUAGGUUUUCACCUCGAAAUGAGCUUCCUGGGAUCGAUUGGUAACAUUAUGAGCGGAUCUGGACUAGCUGAGCUCAUUGAAACUGUCUACGCACCAAACGCUGUUUCGCAUAUGUUAACCGGAAAGGCAGUUGCAAGAGCAGUACGCGGUCAUUUCCUCAUUUAUAAUGCUUUAACCUCAUUAUUGAUGUGCGAACAGUUUCAGGUAUCUUCCACUGUCUUGAAAGAUUAUGACAUUGAAAAUGGAGAACAUGUUUCAUUUCUUGAAGAAACUUCAGGUGACUUGAUAAGUGAAACUGAUAUUGAAGACUCUGAAAAUCACAGUAAAAACACUUUUCCCCAGGAUUUAAAUGAACUGAGUUCUGUUUUUGAUGAAAUCCUCGAACGACGUGUUCAAGUAGACACCCUUGAUCAAAAUGAGAUAUUGAGAAAAAUACGAGACAGUAUAUCAACUUUUAGAAAAUCACAUAUCGAAUAACGGACAGCUUGACUAUGGUUUUUAUAUAUGGAUAUGGUGGACUUGCUUCGAAAAUUCAUUAAAGCUGAAAGAACUGGAAACUGGACUCUUCAUCUUCAAAUCAUUAAAGAGAUGUUACCGUACUUUGCUGCUGCUGGACAUAACCUAUAUCUCAAAUCAGCGUAUGUAUACCUGGAACAAAUGCAUGAGUUAUCAAGAACAAAUCCUGUCAUUAAUGAAGCUCUCAUGUCAGGCUUCCAUGUGAUGAGAAGAAGUGAUCGGUUCUGGUCAGGUUUAUCAUCGGAUCUGGUCAUCGAGCAGGUUCUGAUGAGAUGCAUUAAAACCACUGGAGGUUUUACUGGUCUCACAAGAGGUAGAGGGAUGACAGAUGCUCAGAGAACAUUAUGGAUUUUAUCUAUGCCACAGUGUAUCCAGAUGAACGAGGCAAUACAACAAAUAACUGGUGUUAAUUUUGAAACUAGCGAACAGCACAAAGAAAUGUGCAUUCCAAGAAAAGACAUUUCUGGACUUUCUUGAGGAGAGAAAUCCAUUUUCAAUAGAUAAAGAACUUCGAAACAUCGAAACAGGAGCAACUGGCGACAACAAUGUAAAUUGGUACAACGCACUGGUCAUAGGACACAAUAUUAUAUCGUCAAUGGAAGGGAAAUACAUCGACGAGUUUGUAUUUAAAAGGAAAAACCAAGUUACAACUCUAUCUUCAAAAUUUAAUAUCAAAGUAGAUAAUGAAGAAAUAUCUGUCGAUCCGCAAUUGUUGUUUCAACGACUGGUAACUACUGCAAAUACCAUGUUUCCAGAUAUAUCCGAAGUCUUUAAGUACUUUAAGUACGAGCUAAGCGCUGUACCAGCUGCUCUGUUUGAACCGUCAGGAUGUGACACGACAUGGCAUAGGAAAAAAAGGACUGAAGCGGUUGCGUGAGAAUGCCAUUUUCAGAGAGUUAGCUUCCGUAUUUUUAAAACAAGAUGCAACUUCAGAUGAUAUAAUACAAUCAGGACAGGCAGCUCUCGUUAUAUUAUACGGAGGUGAGACCGGAGAAAGCUUAGACCACUUACGCUACAGAAAAUUUAAUUAUAAAGUUCUUACCAAUUCUUUGUCUUGCGUACAUGUCCAGUCCUUACCUACUUCAAAAGCAGCGUCUCAACACUGUAAACGUACAUACUAUCAAAUUCAAGAAUGGACAAAUGACUCUGUCGAUAUGUUUAGUCCAUCAGACUGGGGAUGGGUUCUACAAGGUACAUCACUUUGUCCAAUCAGAACGAUUUUGCCUCCUGCUCCAGAGAAGUUAUUGCAUGUCAUAAGGUGUAAAUGUAAAUCCAGAUGCGAUACACGCAGAUGCACUUGUAGAAAAAACGGCCUUGAAUGCAGCUCAGCAUGUAGCGAAUGUAAGGGAUUGAACUGUUCAAACUGUAAGAUACUGGAGAUUGAUGAUGAUGAGGAAGAUAGUGACAUUUAGUUCUAACAUUUACAUGUUUGGUUGGUGGUGUGUCUCUAAUAUAAGCAAGAACUUUGAAACAACAGUUUGUUCUAUAAGUUUUACAUUUAUGACAAUGUGAAUUUAGAAAUAUUGUUUAUGUCUCCCUCUUCUAUGACUGUGUUUUUGAUUUAAACUACAUUAAUAUGUCAAAAUAAUGAGAACUAUUUUUUCUGUUGAAGUGUGCUCAUUCUUUGAGGGAUUAAAAUUCUUUAUGUAAAUUUAACACGAAAUGUUAACAUGAAAUUUUAAAAGAUUUGUUACAUUUAUAAAUUUUCCCUGUUUUCAGCGAUUUUCUAUUCAAAAUCAGCAUUUUUUUCCAAAAAAAAUUAUGGUUAUGCAUUUUUAAUAUUUCAUCACGAUGAUACAUAUGAAUCAAACUUUUCCUGAAAAAAGCAAGCACUUUGAGUAAAAAACUUUAAAAAAAAUCACUUUUUCCAGUUUUUAGCGAUUUUCAAAUAAAAAUCCCCAUUUUACCCCAAAAACACAAAUUUCCCGUGGUCUAUGAAACGCCGAUUUUUAAUAUGUCACAACCAGGUAUCCAAUGAAGUGAAAUUGAUACAAAAUGUUUCUGUUGCAAUUAGUUUAAGGUUGAGCCACUUUUCACCUCAGAUUCCCUGGACUAUUUCUGAAAGCUAUUGCAAAGCUAAUUACAACUAAUAAUAAAUCAUGUUCUCCCAGACUCGAGUAUCAAUCAAUAAACAUCCAUU